AAUAGUGCUACAAUGAACAUUGGGGUACAUGUGUCUUUUUCAAUUAUGUUUUUUUCAGGAUACAUGCCAAGUAGUGGGAUUGUUGUUCAUAUGGUAGUUUUAUUCCUAGUUUUUUUAAGGAAUCUUCAUACUGUCUUCUGUAGUGGCUGUAUCACUUUACAUUGCCAUCAACAGUGCAAGAGGGUUGAAAAGGGAGGUUUCUUUUUUUUUUUUUAAGUAAAUUUAUAGUAGAUACCUGACAAGUGCUACCUCAGGAGAUUAAAGUUAAUAAUAAUCCGUGUUGACAGUAUGUACCCUUGAUAUGAUAAGAAUUGCACUUUACCUCUAUGGUCUCCCACCACCCCUCAAAAAAAUAUAACCUCAGCCUAAUAAUGAGAAAAACAUCAGUGAGGUCCCAAAUGUGAAAUAUUCUACAAAAUACAUGACUAGUACUCCUCAAAACUAUCAAAGUCAUGAAAAAAGAAAGAGAAAUUGUCACUGGCAAGAAGAGCUUAAGGAAACACAACAACUAACUAUAUGUUAUGUGUUAUCCUGGAUGGAAUGGUUGAACAGAAAAUAGAUAAGGUAAACACUAGGAAAACUGAAUAAAGUAUGGACUCUAGUUAAUAAUUUUUAAGGUAUCUUAUUCUCUUAUAAUAUCUCUAGCACAUAAGCAACCAAAGUAUUUUAACAAAUCACUCAUUUAUGCUGAUUCAAACUGGAACCUCCAAGAAACCAAGGCAGGCAGUAAAAUUAAGUUUUAAGGGGUGGGUUGGGGGGUGAAGGAGACUGACCCACUGACCAAAUGAAACGUGGGCCUUACUUGGAUCCUGAUUUUUACAAUACUAUUGUAAUAUAAACACAUUUUGAAGCAGGGAAAAUAGAACGCAAUCUAGGUGUAAGAUGAUAGAUAGGGCAGUUUCUGGAUGUGAACAUGGUAUUUUUUUCUUUUAAAUACUCCUUAUUUAAUAGGCAUCUUAUCUGUUAACACAUUAUGAAGCAAGUACAGGCGAAUUGACAGAUGUCUUCAAUUUGCUAUAAUGUAAAGCGAAAAAAUGUAUAGACAAAACAAGAAGGAUAAAAUUUUAGUAAAUUCUUGAGAGGCACGUGGAUGUUCGUUGUAUUAUUCUCUCUACUACUGUGUAGUUUUGAAAAUAUUCAUAAAACAUCUUGAGGACUAAAAAAAAAAAAAGCUGUGUCUCAAGCACAAACACCAAAAGUCUACACGUGACCUUCUGAGUUGACAUAUUUGACUACUGUCCCUUGGCCUUUGCAUGAACUAUUCAUCCUACCCAGAGUCUCUAUACUCUUCAGGUGUCACCUCCUCCAGGAAGCCUGGGUCAGGCGCCUCCUCUGAAAUUCCCACAUCAUGGUCCUGGUUUUUCUGGAACUCACUGGUAGCGUGUACGAAAGUGGGCGACCAUGGCUUCCAGCUGUCUCCAGCCCCAUCCUGCCCUGGGGUGACUGGGAUGUCGCUGUGUUUUUAAAACUUCCGGAACGGGUCUCGCGGUGGCACAGGAGGAACCUCCGAACUUCCCGGAGUUCUCAAAGGUCAAGUUUUCACUUUAGGGUCGGGCCGUCUGUCUGGGUUGCACGCCCCUAAACGCAGUUUCUUCCAUUGACUCGUUUCUCCGGCACUCUGACUGGCCUAUAUUUCUCCUUGGGGGCGGGCCCUCUGGGUGUGGCCAGGUUCUCAUUGGCCCUCACUCCAAAGGCCAACCCUGUUGACGUAAGGUGUCCUGUAUCGGCGCCCGUCGCUUUCGCUGAUACGUCAUCCGCGGGCGCCAACCCUGACGUAGCCAGAGAGUAUACAGCGGAACCGGCGGAGGCGUCUGAGCUGAGGCGGUAAUACCGGCGACAGCGACGGUAGCAGCGAUGGCCGGAGCGGGGCCAGCCCCGGGCCUCCCGGGUGCAGGAGGACCUGUGGUUCCGGGCCCUGGUGCCGGCAUCCCGGGAAAGAGCGGCGAGGAACGCUUGAAGGAGAUGGAGGCGGAGAUGGCCCUGUUUGAGCAGGAAGUUCUGGGGGCUCCCGUAACAGGAAUCCCAACUGCCGUGCCUGCGGUGCCUACAGUCCCCACGGUUGAAGCGAUGCAAGUCCCAGCAGCUCCUGUGAUCCGCCCAAUUAUCGCGACCAACACAUACCAGCAGGUCCAACAGACUCUGGAGGCCCGAGCAGCCGCUGCAGCCACAGUGGUUCCUCCCAUGGUGGGGGGCCCACCUUUUGUGGGUCCAGUUGGCUUUGGCCCUGGUGAUCGGAGUCACCUGGACAGUCCAGAGGCUCGAGAAGCCAUGUUCCUGCGGCGAGCAGCUGUGGCCCCCCAGAGUGCCACUAUUCUGCGUCCAGCCUUCGUCCCUCACGUGCUGCAGAGAGCAGAUUCUGCUCUUACCUCUGCAGCGGCUGGGCCCCGCCCUAUGGCCCUGCGGCCCCCUCACCAGGCCCUCGUGGGCCCCCCCCUGCCUGGGCCCCCUGGACCACCUAUGAUGCUGCCACCGAUGGCUCGGGCCCCCGGCCCGCCCUUGGGCUCCAUGGCUGCUCUGAGGCCUCCUCUGGAAGAGCCAGCAACACCCCGAGAGCUGGGCCUAGGCCUGGGGUUGGGCCUGAAAGAGAAGGAAGAGGCUGUGGUGGCAGCAGCAGCCGGGCUGGAGGAGGCUAGUGCAGCGGUGGCGGUGGGAGCCGGGGGCGCCCCAGCUGGCCCUGCAGUCAUUGGGCCCAGCCUGCCACUGGCCCUGGCCAUGCCUCUGCCUGAACCUGAACCCCUGCCCCUCCCGCUGGAAGUUGUGCGAGGCCUACUGCCCCCACUGCGCAUUCCUGAGCUCCUGUCCCUGCGUCCGAGACCCCGGCCACCUCGGCCUGAGCCACCCCCUGGCCUCAUGGCUCUUGAGGUGCCAGAACCUCUGAGUGAGGACAAGAAGAAAGGGAAACCAGAGAAACUGAAGCGCUGCAUUCGCACAGCAGCUGGGAGCAGCUGGGAGGACCCCAGCCUGCUAGAGUGGGAUGCAGAUGACUUCCGGAUCUUCUGUGGAGACCUGGGCAACGAGGUGAACGAUGACAUCUUGGCCCGAGCCUUCAGCCGCUUCCCAUCCUUCCUUAAGGCUAAGGUGAUCCGCGACAAGCGCACGGGCAAGACCAAGGGUUAUGGCUUCGUCAGCUUUAAGGACCCCAGUGACUAUGUGCGUGCCAUGCGUGAGAUGAAUGGGAAGUAUGUAGGCUCACGCCCCAUCAAGCUGCGCAAGAGCAUGUGGAAGGACCGGAACCUGGACGUGGUGCGCAAGAAGCAGAAGGAGAAGAAGAAAUUGGGCCUGAGAUAGGGUCUGUGGCCAGGCACCCGCUCCCAUCCGGCCGGGCGCUGGUUCCUCCCCACAGUUCUUUGGAAAACCCUCAACUGUCUACCCACCCAUCCUCCCCAACACCAGUUUCAAUAAAUUUACGUUCAUUUCCA